UGUUUUUUCAUUACCUUUAAAAAAAAGUGUUGACAAUGUACGUAUACUUAAUUUUAGCUCACACAAUGGAUUGCUAAGUAUCGAUUUAUAAAUUCCAUUUUUUUAAUUUUAUCUCUGCGUUGCACUUUUACCUGAGUGGGCGGAGUUAGUGGCGUCACCCCGGGUGGGGGAAGGGUGACACAGUUGGUGCACUUGUGGGAAUUUCACGCGUUGUCUCCAAUUUUCGGCACACCGUACGCGAUACUCGGAAGAUGUUUUACUGACAUAUAAAAAUAAAAAAAAUAAACUCGCUGUGCUAUGUGGGAAAGCGCUUCCACUUCGCUUACUUCCCACUUAGCGGUAUCUUCGGUGGAUUUCGGAACGUCAACGACGAGGAAAGAAAGAAGAAAGAGGCGAAACUACAGCGAGGCGAUGGGAAAUUUGAUACCGGUGAUGACCCUGCUGCUGGUGUACCUUCCAACAGUUCUCCUCCGCCUUUUAUGACUGACAACUUUUAUUGCUGCUAAUGAAAGGGUGCUGUACGCGUAGUGACAUUUAAAGCGACUCAUCGUUGAAAAAGACGCUGUGCAUCCAGGUGAUCGUUCCGGAGUCGGAACGAAGCACAAUGUUGUUCGCGUCCGUGAUCCUUCGCUGCGACUUCUCCACCUCUGCCAACCCGCAGGAUGUGCUCGUGACCUGGAGAUUCAAGUCCUUCUGUAAAGACCCCAUCCUGGAGUACUACUCCACAAGCUACCAGGCCGCCCUGCAGCUGGGUCAGGACCCGUCCAACGACUGCCCGGACCGCCAGCGCACGGUCCGCACCGUCGUCCAAAAGCGAGGCCUCAACGAGCCCACGCUGGGCGUCGAGUACCGGAACCGCAGAAUUACAAUUCAUAACAAGGCUGACUUGGCCAUCACCGAGGUCAUGUGGUGGGAUAACGGCGUGUACUUCUGCACCAUCGACGCCGCCGGCGACACAUCCGGCGACAACGAUCGAGAAGUUAAACUCAUUGUGUAUCACUGGCUGACGGUGCUGUUGAUCAUCGUGGGCGCCCUGCUGCUCAUCAUCCUCUUGUGCGUCUGUUGCUGCCAGUGCUGCCCCCAAAAGUGCUGCUGCUACGUGCGCUGCCCUUGCUGCCCCCGGACCUGCUGCUGCCCGGAGAAAGCCGUGAUGCAACACAGGAUGCUCCGUGACGCCAAGAGGGCGAUGGCGAUGGCGCCCUGGAUGCUCGGCCAGCCCAUUUACGCUCCCGUCAGCUCCAACAACUCCAGCCAAGGCCUCCCCGUGUUGUAUUCAGGCUCGUUCUCAGAACCCGGCAAACAAAACUUCGCCAUGGCGCCCGUGAUGCUUCCGCAGCCGGCCGCCCACCCGCACCGCCCGAGCGGCAGCCUCCACGACAACACGCAAGUCUUGGAUUACCUGGAGCACCGGGUGAGGGGGCUGGACGUGCCCAUACACCCCGCUCAGAACGCGCCCCAACCCCAGCCGCCCCCUGCCCUUUUGCCCUACACGCCCGGGCCCCCCAGCAUGCUGUCCGCCCUCGACGAGAUGGGCGUAAGGGGGACGGAGCGAAGGGUGAUCACGCUACCUCCCAUCAUCCAGCGCGUGCCCAGCUUCUCCUCCCACACGGGACCCCGAAGUCGAGAGCCGGACAGGGGGGCGCUACGGUUCUCCAGCCAGUCCAGCGGGAGUACCAACUCCUACGGAAGGAAUUAUUUGCAACAAAGCAGAUACAGAGACCAUUCUCCUCCGAGACGGGGGAUCCUGCGCGAGGACAGCGACAGCACCGACCGGGAGGAGAGGCGAGCGAGGGGGAACCCCCGCGGCCGAAGGGAGCGCGUCGGCGCCGCCGGGUCCAGGUCUCGGCCCCGCAGCCGCGACGACCUGACGGAGGAGCUGCGGGGCGGGGGCGGGCAGAGCGAGAGGAGCUACUCGCCUCCGCGCCGCAAAGCCCGCUGGAGCUCGGACGAAGAGGACGGCGGCAGGACGGGGAGGGAUUGGCCCGAGGAGCCCCCCAGCUACGCAUCGGUGGAGAGCCAACACGGACACGCCCAAAACCGCAGGAACCACACGCGUCUUUCCGAUAGAAGCUCCUCUAGCAACACCACCGUAGUCAUCUAAGGCGUUUGUUUGCUCACAAAAACUGCAAAAGAAGGCUCUCUUUUUCUGCUUUUCAACCUAGGACGGACUUGUGGUUGUGAUUGUAAUAGUCAAUAUUUUCAAGACAAAGUUAAUCAUUUGUGUGUUACUGUAUCUGUUAUUUUUUUUUUUCAAGUAUUGCUUUUAGACUGACACCCAUCAAGAAUGUGCUAAAAUAAAUGGGACCAAAAAAAAAAAAAAAAAACUGGACCUCGCAAGGAACCACUGUACUGUACAGUUUUGUUUUGUUUUUAUUAUUUUGUGAAAUGUUAGGAAUAAAAACAUUUC